AAGACUGUUGCUGAAUAACAGGAGGACUGGUUAAUCGCUGCGGGCAGCCCUUCUGUCUGGCUGCAGGGCACCAGCCUUGCCUGGCCCUUCACCAUGUUCCUCCUGCUCCCCUUUGACAGCCUGGUUGUUAAUCUCUUGGGGAUUUCCAUAACUGUCCUCUUCACUCUGCUUCUGGUUUUCAUCAUUGUGCCAGCAAUUUUUGGAGUCUCCUUUGGCAUCCGCAAGGUUUACAUGAAAACUUUAUUAAAGGUUUUUCAGUGGGCGACACUGAGAAUAGAGCGUGGUGCCAAGGAGAAGAACCAUCCGUUAUACAAGCCCUAUGUCAAUGGUAUCAUUGCAAAGGAGCCAACGUCACUGGAAGAGGAGAUCAAGGAGAUCCGCCGGAGUGGCAGCGGCAAAGCCCUGGACACCCCUGAGUUUGAGCUCUCGGAUGUCUUCUAUUUCUGCCGCAAAGGCAUCGAGACCAUCAUGGAUGAUGAAGUGACCAAGAGGUUCUCAGCUGAAGAGCUGGAGUCCUGGAACCUGCUCAGCAGGACCAACUACAACUUCCAGUAUAUCAGCCUGCGCCUCACUGUACUCUGGGGACUGGGUGUGCUCAUCCGCUACUGCUUUCUUCUGCCCCUCAGGAUAGCCCUGGCGUUUACUGGCAUCAGCUUGUUGGUGACUGGUACUACAGUGGUGGGAUAUUUGCCAAAUGGAAGGUGUAAGGAGUUCCUGAGCAAGCACGUCCACCUGAUGUGUUACCGGAUCUGUGUGCGUGCCCUCACAGCCAUCAUCACCUACCACGACCGAGAAAACAGACCCCGAAACGGAGGCAUCUGCGUGGCCAAUCACACAUCUCCCAUUGAUGUGAUCAUCCUGGCCAGUGAUGGCUACUACGCGAUGGUGGGUCAGAUCCACGGAGGGCUUAUGGGUGUGAUACAGAGAGCCAUGGUGAAAGCUUGCCCCCACGUCUGGUUUGAACGCUCUGAGGUCAAAGAUCGUCACCUCGUCGCCAAAAGGCUCACAGAGCACGUCCAGGACAAGAGCAAACUGCCUAUUCUUAUCUUUCCGGAAGGAACCUGCAUCAACAACACAUCUGUGAUGAUGUUCAAAAAGGGGAGCUUUGAAAUUGGAGCCACGGUUUACCCUGUAGCCAUCAAGUAUGACCCACAGUUUGGAGAUGCCUUUUGGAACAGCAGCAAGUAUGGCAUGGUAACCUACCUCCUUAGGAUGAUGACCAGCUGGGCCAUCGUCUGCAGUGUCUGGUACUUGCCCCCAAUGACCAGGCAGCCCGAAGAGGACGCUGUCCAGUUUGCCAAUCGGGUGAAGUCAGCCAUUGCCAGGCAGGGGGGCCUCGUGGAUCUGCUCUGGGAUGGAGGACUGAAGAGGGAGAAGGUGAAAGACACAUUCAAGGAGGAGCAACAGAAACUCUACAGCAAAAUGAUUGUAGGCAACCAUGAAGACCGGAGUCGCUCCUGAGCCCUCUGCCUCCAGCACUAUUACUGGGCCUGGCCAGAGCCUUCUGCCUCCGGCACGAGCCAAGUCUUGCCUGAAGCAGCUCCGAAUCUUUGGACUUUGGCUACUCCAGAGCUGCUUGGACUUGCUCCUUCAUCCUCUGGCUGUUCCUUCCCAGAGGCACUGUUACUGCCUAGAGUCUUUAGGCCCUGGGCAGCUCUUGGCAAAGAUGCCUUCUUGUUACUGUUACAGUGAAGCCCCUUGCAGGGGCAAUAUUAAAUGAAACACUUAUGGUGUCA